AUGUCGGCACCUGUAUUACCGAUACUCGGCUAUAGGGAUGUACGAGGUUUGGGUCAACCCAUACGCUACUUAUUGACGUACGCGGGCGUCGAGUUCGUCGAUCGCCGUUACGGGUCGACUGAGGACUGGCUGUUGGAUAAGCACGCGCUCGGACUCCAGUUCCCGAACCUUCCCUACUAUAUAGACUCCGAUAUAAAGCUGACACAAAGUACGGCAAUAAUGAGAUAUUUAGGCAGAAAGUACGGACUCUAUGCGAUUGAUAGCGAUGAACCGGCUCACCGGCGACAAGAUAUGGCUGAAUAG